CGUAAGUACCGGCGCAGAGAAAGUGCAUCGAGAAGUGUCCAAAAGCGUUUUGUUUGAACACAGCAGCUGUCAGCAUUUGUGUACGUUGGUUCUCGGUUUUCUAAUGAACAAAAGUAAGGUCAGUGGCGUGUCGUGGGUGAAACCAGCGGAACCCUCCUUUCUGAAGAGGUUUAAAAAUAAUGUUGGAUUCAAAGACGGACCGACCGUUGAUACAAAGCGUGACGUAAUGCCAGCACUGGGUGAUGACAGUGGAAGUGAUCGAGAAGAUGAGCUACCGCAGGUCGUGGUCCUUAAGGGUGGAGACCUGACGGCAGCGGAGGUGAAGAAUAUCAAGGCUGAAAUACAUGCUGGUUGUAGUGCAGAGAAGGAUGAUGGACCUCCUCCUGGCAGUAAAAUCCUUUUCAAGAAACCAGCCAAGCGCUCAUUCUCAGACAAAUUCCAGGGGCUCACUGCCAGCUCCAGCAAGAAGAAAAAGAAUGAUGAAGGAGAGAAGAAGGAGAUAAAGUCUGGAAAGAAAGUAAAGAAUAACAGUCUUCUGUCAUUUGGAGGGGAUGAGGAGAAAGAUGAGGACUGAAAGACUUGUCAUUGUAGUAUAUUUUGAUAAGGAAGUAUAGAGCCUGACCAAUGAGGAUUUGUGGGGUCAAACAAUAUCUUUCUGUUAUUCCUGAGAUAUCAUUUUGCAAUCCUUAUGACAAAGAAAUGGAUUUGGUAUUUUCCUUUUUUCCAUUAAAUUUGAUAGUAGAUCAUCUUUAAUAAAAUGAAAAAAACAAAAAUACAAAUGAAAUUAAGAAAAUAAAAAUGUCUAUUUAUACAAUGUGACUAUAAAUGCAAAUUGUCUUCUGCAUUAAUCCUUAAUCAGCAAACAUAAACGGUGAUCAUGAUAAGUAUGUGAAAGGCUCAUAAUAACAAUUAUUAGUGGCCAAGUGAUAAAUAGGUUAGGCUCUACUAAAGUGAAAAUUGAUUGUUGACUAAUGGCAUUGAGAGCAGAAUUGACAUCUGGAGUUAAUUCACAGUGUGUAGCUGUUUCUCAGCACUGUGAAAACAACUGGUCUGUCUGUUUGAUGUUACAGUUUCUGAUCAUAUUUAAAAACUACUUUCAGAGACACAAAUUACAUAAUGUAAACAAUUUCCCACAAGGAAGAAUUGCAUGCGCUUUGUUCGUUCAAUUGGUCACAUUAUUGUUGUGUGAGAGUAUAGUUUUGCGCAGAGAAAAUUUUUCAACUCAAUUUUGUGCUAUCAGGGACCCUUGGAUAUCCACAAAUUGCUUGCCUUUUAAACAAAGACAUUUGGGGAAGCAGCAGAGUGAGACUGCUCCUCUAAACAUCUGGUAGGGUCUCCCCUUAGACCAUAUAUGUAUAUUUUGAUGCAGCUCCACUCCCUCUUCAAAUGAUGCAGCAUAAUUUGAUAAAAGGCAAUCAGUUAACACUGGAUAGAUAACCAGGUUGAUUGAAUAUAAUUAAAUAUAUUUAAUGAAAUGAUAAAAAUGUAGCAUAAUAUUGAACAACUUUCUGUUAGUAUCCAAAUAGUGAUCAAACAUUUGAUGAUGUUGUGCAUUUCACUUUGAGAAAGAGUAAAGUGACAGGAUGUCUUGUCAUGUGGAUCUGACAGAGCGAUAUAAUCUCCUGCUGUACAGAUCCAGGAGACACUGAAUAACCACUUGCCAUCUGAAGGUCGGAAAUCUGCCUCUCAAACAUAUUGAGGUAAUUUUCUUGCUUUGUGUCUGAAUCCUUCUCAUUUGUUGUCAUGAAUGCUGUCAUCAGAAUAGUGAUAUUAAUCACAAGUGCCAUGUGGGAAGUGCUCAUUGUUAAACGGAUAGUUCACACAAAAAUAAAACAUCACUCAAUAUCCAUUCAGCACUUUGAUGAUGGAGGGGAUGGAGGUUAUUUCAGUUGUAUCGGAUUCAGGUGCUACAAAGUUUACUUGAGACUCCAGAAGUGUUUUGUGGACUCAAACACUUCACCCACCCCUCCAUCAUCAUAGUGCUGAAUAGAUAAUGAGUUUCAUUUUGGGGUGAACUAUCCCUUUACGUUUCUGAUACAUUCAAUGUUCUAUUGAAUGUAUGAAUACAUGGGGUGGCACUGUAUAAAUUUGUGUGUGAAUAGCAAUUAACUGUCCAUUUUAAGUUCUUAUUGAGGAUGUUUGUGGCUGUAAUGUUUUGAAAAUGAAACAUAAUAAACAUUUGUAACUCUAAA